AUGUUACAAAACGCCGCGAGACGUCCUGGAGUUGGAGUGGGUGUUUUGGUGACAGACUCGGCUCACCCAGGUUCUGUUCUACUCGGGAAGAGAAAAAGCGUUAUGGGGAAAGGGAAGUACCAACUUCCCGGCGGCCACUUGGAGUUUGGGGAGACGUGGGAGAAGUGUGCUCAGAGGGAGGUGUUAGAAGAAGCUGGUCUGCAUUUGGUGAAUAUCCGCUUUGCCUCUGUGGUGAACUCAAUCAAACUGGAGGAGCAAUAUCACUAUGUCACCAUCAUUAUGCAAGGAGAAUUGGCCAAUGAGCAGUCCCAAGAACCCCAGAACUUGGAACCCGAGAAGAAUGAGGGAUGGACAUGGACACGGUGGGACCAGUUUCCUACUGAGGACCAGCUCUUUUUGCCACUGGCUGGACUGAGACAACAAGGAUACCAGCCCUUCCAGGAACAGAAGUAG